AUGUUGUUCGCGUCGGUAUAUCAGUCUGCGGGUACUCCGACCGUCAGCCAUCGACCGAUCCCUGCGGCGGAGGCGUCGAGGGCCAGGGAAGGCAGCCCACCUCACGACGGCUACCCCGGGAUAAAUCCUCAGGACCCCUCCAAGCUCACUGCCCCGCUUCUAGGGGACGUGCCAGGAGAGCACGGGCUCUCCUCGGUCAAGGUGACGGCGGGCUCGGAGCCUACGCCCCGCGCCCGCCCGCCCUCAUCCUGGUUCCUCUGUGUCGUCACCCCGCAUCACCGGCACCUGCACCGGCCAGGGCCGGUCCGGUCCCGGGGCCAUGGGAAGGCAGCCCCUCCGACGGCCCCGGCAGCCAGGACCCACCAAAGCCUGCCAUCCACACUUUCGCGACGGGAGCCGCAGGAGGCAGGGGCUUGCCUCGCGCCGGCCAGGCAGGGGCCCACGCUCCCUAGCGCCGCGCCGCACGUCCCGCCUCCUGCCCCCCGGCCUACAGCAGGGGCGCAGGAGACGGAGGAGAGCCACAGCCGCCCCGCCCGGGGGGCGAGGCCCACCGACAGCAUUGGCUCUGCACCCGCCCCCGCUAAGGCCCCCGCCGUUCUAGGAUUGCCCGACGUGCAGAGCUCUCGACGCGGAGCUCGGCCGCACCACGGCGAAGCGAAUGCGUGGCCCCCCUUACAGUCUUUCCGGAUCGAGUGCCCGCUUUCGGAAGCCACUAAACUACAACCACGCGCCGCCAGGGCCCGCAUCCUCGCCGCCGCGUAA